UCGAUAUGACAAUGACGUUAAGAUUUUACAGGAGUAAUAAUCUAAUUUUUUAUUUAAGAAUAUUAUGGGUGACAACAUUUGUUCCUACAACACUUUGUUUUUCUUCCUUUAGACCCGACUUAAACUGGAUAUUUUAUUCAAAAAUGAUAAUACCUCAAGGAAAGAUUGACCUUAACGAUGGUGCCCAGAUGUUCGAAAUAUGCAUACACAAUCAUAUAUUCCUAGUUAAAAACACUUCGAGCUAUAUAAACCUGGAAGAAAACAUUGAGACUUCAUUGUAUGUAGUUUUAGCGUCAGAUGUGCCCUGCAAACUGACAAGUAUUUAUAUAAUGCUAGCUUUUGCUGGAUUGUCUGUUUCUAUACUUUUCAUUGGAAUAAUGUUGGUUAAAACUAGACGUUUCAUUGGAAUGAUGUUGGUUGAAACUCGACGUGAAGUGCGGACAAUUGUUAAUGGAAAGUUUGGAUUGUGUGAUGGUUGUCAGCAGAAAUGUGAUAUUGUACGUUUGGAAUUGGUAUAAGCAACAUGUUUAUCUUGUUGUCAUGUUUAUCAGAAGCACAAACUCAGUAGAAGAUAGAUUGGCGAAGACAUUGCGUUUUGGGAUAACGUCCAUUACAGACCAUUACAGACUCGAUUGCUUUCAUGAAUGGAGCCGGGUUGAGUUUUAUUGCAGUCAGAAACGUUUGUAUUUACACAGGUACACAUAUUUGUCUUUACAGGUGAAACAUAUUAUAUAUUCGUAUAAAUUAUACUAAAACAUAACCAAUAUGCAACACAUACAACCUUUUUAUAAGUAAUGUGAAAGCAAUACAUUUAUAGAUUGAGUUUAACUUCAUUCGCUCGAACUCGGAUCGCUCUAAUAUCCCUUCGCUCGAACUGAUCACCCAGCCUGGCAGAGUUCCCAUAUAAUGAAUAUUGUUCUAUCUCGGAUCGCCCGAACACCGAUCAAUCGAACUCUUGAACCUGAUCUCUAUUCCCUUCUGCAGAAAUAUUAUGAAAAUCACAUAUUCUCGGUCGAACUCAAAAAUACAACACACGUUGCGGGUCGACAUGAUCUGAGUUAGAGGUCCUUAUCCAAAGUUUGACGGACAGGGCUGUGAAAUUGCAAUUUAUGAUAUUGCACGCAAUUUUACACGGCAAAAUAAAAAAUAUGUUACAGGCUUGGUUUGAUUGAGCCUGUUCAUGGACGGUACUGUCAAGUGCAAACUACCGUCCACGCCCCAUAGCACCGGCUUAAGCACAAUAACUGGAACUAAAUAAAAUGGACUUUGGAAAGGAGAUCAGAGGUUAUGAAGCCUGCAUAUCAUAGAUAAGACGUCAAUAGACAAAUUUAAAAAGCAGGCCACAUAUCCUAAGGGUGAUUCAACAAUAUUCAAGUAAGGAAUACUGGAACCACCCAAAAUGAAAAGAACUAAAGUACCACAAGCACAACAAUAAUGUCGUGCUGAACGACUCUGGCGAGAAAAAUAUAAUUUUUAUUCAACGUGUUCAGUAUAAAAAAAUCGGACUUAAACAAUUCUUUCUAAUGGUUGAAAUUGUUUUAUCCAAUGAGAUCGUUCUAUUAUUUUUUUUCAAAUUCUUUGAUACAUUUAGUUUAUUUUAUCUGCAACAACAAUAUCCCGUAAAAUCAAAGCAUCAUAUUAGGUCUAUGUAAAUAGUUAAAACUUAAUUUCACAAAUAAGUAGGUGAAAGGUUAAUUCCAAAUAUGCUAACAAACACUAACCUUUUCAUAGGUGAUCUAUUCAAAUUUUAUUUACUUAAAUAAGAAAUUGUUAAUGUAAGAAUACAAAACAAAAUGCGUGUACAGACACUUUAUUUUUGUUAUGUACGCUACCAUUAUUUAAAUCUAGAUUAAUAGUUGAGGUUAUUACGGAA